UUAUAACUCAUCAAAAUGCGAGGUUUUUUCUUUUUAGCUGAUGAGCUGCAUAAUGACCGGCAUGGUAGUGUCAACGUGCUUCUGAUCCUUUCGUUGCAAAUUCCUCAGAUGAAGACGGUACUGGUGGCAGUGAGCCUGUUGGUGGCAGUCCUCGUCCCCGCCUCGCGCUCCGAGGAGAGUCCCGAGGCGCAGGAGGGCCGGCUCUUCUUCGGGAAUUACCAGACCAGCACCUUGACUGUGGUCGAAGCCUCCACCUCCACCGUGUUCCUCUCUUGUCUCUCGUCGGCAAACACAGGGGCAUGCUCUGGAAAGAGGAAGAAGAGGGCGUCCAGUAUGAAAAUGCCUGUUGAUGACCAGGAUGAGCUAAAUAUGCCGCUGGACAGCAGUGUCAACAGUGAAGUUCGAGCAGAGCGAAGCCAGCCUGCGGACAACCAGAAGCUGGGCUUCACCAUCUGGACCACCGCUAAAACCACCACAACUGUUACCGUUCUUUCCACAAACACGGACACCACAAUCCGCCUCCAUUAUUCGUGCGCGCGGCUGGCCAAACCCUUCCAAGUGUCUCAUGCUCAGGAUAAGCCAGGCCUUCUCGCCAGGCCUCGUCUAAACCAACCAAGAUAAACCUAACCUGCUCGUUCUUUGUGCUUGCUGACUUGUAUUAUGUGUGGUUAGCUGAGAGCUAACCUGUUGUUGCUGUAUAUAGUUGAGAUUCUGAGGAUGUUCUAUGUAUUAAUAAAAGUGUAAGUUCAA